AUGAUCAAGUCGAAACCACUUGGAAAAUUUACGGAGAGAUUAACGAUAGUUACGAUGGUCACUUUGAUGUGUAUGACGUCUUUAUCUGGGGAACAAGUCACUUUUGUUAGCCAUGAUGAGGUUGGAACGAGUGGUGGUGAUAAUAAAGAACUAAGUCCACCAACCCCAGUUACACCAAUCCCAGUUCCACCAAUCCCAUUUCCACCAACCACAGUUCCACCAGUCCCAGAUCCACCAAUCAUUAGUCGACCCCUCGAAAUAUCAACCAAUCAAAAACGCCCGGACACUGACCCGGAUACUGGAGUGGCAUCAGCUGACCUCCUUUCAACGGAAGUUUUCAUAUGUGCCACGGUUUUGUUGUGCUGCAUCAUCGUCGCCAUUGUCUGCGCAAUUUGGACGGUGGAUUACAUCAGUAGAAUAGGUAACUUCACAUUUGAAGUUUGA